UCUUUUUGUUAUUUCUAAAUGGUAGCGGAAAUAGGAUGGAUGAGCUAGUUUUGUGUGAAAUUGCGGAUGAAGUAGCUCCAGAAUGUCCGGAAGAUCCAUCGGAGUUCCGCUACGGCAAGAGGCGAUGGCUGUUCAAAGAUUUUCUCGCUGAAAACGCGGACGAGAUUCUGAUUUGUAUCGAAAGUUGCCAAAAUGCUCGGACGAGGAAGCUCAAGUUCAGGGCAAUCCGUCAGGACAGGGGCACCUGGACCUUGGUGGUCUGCCACGAACCGACUCACGUUCGAGCCCGGGUCAUCGAAAUGCAAGUUGCUGCUAAAUUGCUACCCCUGAUAUUCAGUGACUUCAACACCAGCAUGGAGUUCGAGGUGACCAAGCAGGAGCAGGAGCACCAGCGGCCUCUGAAGACCUAUGUCACUACCAAGCUGUACGAUGCCCUCUACGAAAGGCAUCGCCAAACGAAUGUUCUGGAUGAGGACUGCAGCCAAACAGUUCCCGAAAGAUUUCAAUCGCAGCUUCGGAAGUACCAGGAGCGCACAGUUUCCUGGAUGUUGGGACGGGAGCAGCAGCUCACGGAACUUCCAGUCCAAUAUACAGCGCUACAUGCCGUAGAUGGCAGGAGUCGCGUCUUUAAGCACAAUUACUGCCUGCAGUUUUUCCCCUUUGAGGAGGAGCUGCCCAAGAUCUCACUCCCGCCCGGCGGAAUCUUGGCUGACGAGAUGGGUCUGGGCAAGACCGUAGAGUUCCUGGCCAUGCUGCUAAUGAAUCCCAGGCCGCAGGAGUCCUUCAGGAACGACUUCUGGCACCAACGCCUGGAGGAGAUCGCCGACAACGUGCCGCUGAAGCGGAUGCGCCAAGAACAGGAGGUUUUCUGCAUCUGCACUCAAAAACGCGGCGCCAGGGUGCAGUGCAACAAGUGCCGCCGCUGGCAGCACAAAAACUGUAUGCACAUGUUUUCCAAGCAAGCCGAGGAUGACGCAAACCAUCUGUGCCCAAGCUGCUGGUCCGAGUUGGCCAAAUCCGGCGACAGGCUGGUGGAUACCGGAGCCACCAUCAUAGUCUCGCCAAACGCCAUCAAGUUGCAGUGGUACCAGGAGAUGCAGAAGCACAUUAGGCCGGGUCUGAAAGUGCUCCUCUAUCGCGGCUUGCACUCCUGCUCCUGGAUCAGUCCCCUCGAGCUGGCCAAGUACGAUGUUGUGCUCACCGACUAUGUGAUACUGCGUAACGAGAUAUACCACACGACGGACUAUAAGUCCGACCGUCAGAUGCGCCACCAAAGGUUGUACAUGCGACCGGACUGUCCACUCUUAAUGGUCAACUGGUGGCGCGUUUGCCUGGACGAGGCACAGAUGGUCGAAAGCAACACUUCGGCGGCUGCGGAGAUGGUAAGGAUGUUGCCGGCCAUCAACCGCUGGGCUGUCACUGGCACAAUUGAUGACUUGCCGCCGCUGCUGGAGUUUGUGGGCCGGUCAGAUGUUUGUAGGCCACCGGAUGCAUGGCAAACCGUGGAAAAGGCCUUUCAGCUGAACUACAAGGCCGAACCGCUAUUGGAACUGCUAGAGCACAGUCUGUGGCGUACCUGCAAGUCCAAGGUGGAGCACGAAUUGGGGAUUCCACCGCAAACUGAGGUGGUGCAUCGCCUCGAGCUGAGCAACGUGGAGUCGCUCUACUAUCGGGAGGAGCACCUGAAGUGUCACGAACAAUUUCUUGCUGCAGUGGCCAAGCACACGCGCCACAACGCAGACAACAGCUCCUGCCUGGCGUCCAUCUCGCCGCAGCUGCUGCGUAUCAUCCUGAAGCCUUUUCUCCGCAUCCGCCAAACGUGCUCCGUACCCGUGGUGCUCAAUAGCAAUGUGUCCAGCACCGACUACCUAAAUCCGCAGGAUCUGCUGAUGCGUCUUAAGUCCAACAAUGAGAAUGAGUGCAAGACAGAGCUGCGAAGUUGGGCUUCCUCCUACAACGGACUGGCUUCUAUUCACUUUUUAAAGGAGGAUUUCCCUCAGGCCAUCAAGUAUUACAAGCUUCUGUUGAAGCUGGCUGCAGACUAUUAUGAGAAGAACAUAUCUGUGGACAGUGUGCUUCAGAUUCACGCUAUUUAUAACCUUCUCCAAGCCAAUGAGCUAGCUGGCGUUCAAGACAAGUUAUCCGACCAGGAAUGCCAGAACUACCAAGCGCAAAUGAAGCGACUGGAGUGGAAGUAUUUGGAGGACAAUACAGCCGUGCUUCAAGCCGCUCUCAGUUGUUACGAGGAGAAACUCCAAGAAGUUUCCAACCUGGAGAAACACUUCGAGGGCAGCACUGUGGAUUUGCUAGCCACAGUGGUGAAUCACAAAACUUCUCUGCACGAUGCUAUGUGGAACAAGGUCCGAGAUGACUUUUUUCGUCAAAACAUCUCUGUGGAAAAGCUCGAUAAUGUCACAUCUAUGGCCGGAAUUAUUUAUUUUAUUGAUCUAUGGCAUGAAAAGCUUCAAAAGUUAAAAGACAAUUUGCUUACUGAGUUUGAAUACCUCAAGGGAGUUAUGAGCGAAGCUUGUGAGGCUGUCAAAACGGGCGAAGUCCUCUCGCAGGAGAUAAUUAACUUUAUAGGAAGCGUUACUGAUUGUCAUUUGGCUGAUAUUUUGGACGAAAAUAAGGAUAAGCCGGAAAAACCCAAGAAGCAGCGCCAUUGUCGCUUGUGCAAAACCCGCGAUGCCUUGAAUAAGUUUGAGUGUCUUCUGUUUGCUAAAAAGCUGGACGAAGAUGCUGCGAUGACUGGGGGCCUCGAAAACCCCAGUAUGGAGAUAAGUCUCAUUCGAGCUAUAUUUUCCUUCCUACGUUCCAAGCCGGCGUUUGGUGAAUGGCAGGCAGAGUGCGAGAACAAACUGGACCUGCUGACCUGUCUACAGGAUCUAGUUAAGUUUCAAAUUAAAUAUUGGAUCGAGGUGGAGUACAUUGUCAAGUCUUUUGACGAACUGGAGAUGUGCAAGAUGCGCAUCCUGCUUACCAACGAUCCCGAGGAGCAGUCUAACUACCGCAUACUGCCGUGUCAACUGACCAGUCAACUGCAUCUUAAUCAGUACAAUUUGCAAGAGUCCCAGUUAAAUUUCACACGUCUGUGCGGUCGGCUGAAGUACCUGAAGCAUCUGAAAGAGGAUGUCACUGACAAGCCCUGUCCUAUCUGCCAGACGCAGGAUGAUGUGAGGUAUGUGAUGAUGGUAUGUGGGCAUUUUGUGUGCCAGCACUGCCUGGAUAGCAUGAGGAAAAAGAAUGCCCGAGAUGGAGUCACCAAGUGUCCACUUUGUCGCCAGGAUUCGCCACAGUUGUACUACUCGGUACGUCCCGGGGCACACAAGUCCAUAAUUGGAGACUUCUCCACAAAAAUUGCAAAUAUUGUGGAACUCGUGCUGAAGAUCAAGGCCGAAAAUGAAGAGGAAAAGAUCUUAAUAUUCUCACAAUGGCAGGCGAUACUCAUUCAAAUUGCUAAAGCCUUAAAUCUUAACGGAAUCCAAUUUCGCAACAAGUGCAGCAACUCGGAUUUUGAAGAUUUCAAGAGUCCCACUCGAAAUAUAACAUGCCUACUGAUGCCCCUUUCUAAAGGCUCCAAGGGCUUAAACCUGAUAGAAGCCACACAUGUUUUCCUGGUGGAGCCAAUCCUUAAUCCCGGUGACGAACGCCAGGCCAUUGGCCGAAUUCAUAGAUUUGGACAGUUGAAACCUACGAAGGUGCAUCGUUUCAUUGUUAAUGGAACAAUAGAGGAGAAUAUUCUGUCGCUCAUAACUUCAGCUGAUGACUCGAAGACUCUGUCAACUCAUUGGGAUCUGGAGAACAUGACGCUCGACAGCCUCAAGAAGCUAUUUAUACUCAAGGAGAAAGAGUAGAAUUUCAUUUUGUACCUUUGCAAAAGGUAACACAUACCAGUGACACUUAAUUAUCUGUAGUAUCGCAUUAAGAUUAAGAACAUGUUUUUUUUAACAUACAAAGAAUACUCAUAAGUUUACAAAUCAGCCAAUUCCAUAACUUUAAAACUGCCACAGAUGUUUUCUGCUGAAAAAGUGAUCGAGAAACUCAGUGUUUUGUACCUUAAU